AUGUUAAUUCAUAUUAAAGUACUUAACAAUCCGGCAUUAGCCGAAAUUCAAUUAGAAGUAUCUCCACUUGAUACAAUUCAACAAAUCAAAUCUCGUCUUUCUGAUCAAUUAAAUAUUCCAAUAAGUCAACAAAAAUUAGUUCUUAAAGGUAAACCAUUACAUGAUGGCUCAAUACUAGAUUAUCAAAUAGUAGAUGGUUCAAAAUUACAUUUAAUUAUUUCAACACAACAUUCAACAAUAUCAACUAAACCAGUUAAUAAUGCAUUUAUAAAUGAACUUUAUUUACUUGCAUCAAAAUGGAUUCAAAAUCCAAAUGAACGUGAAGCAUUUGUAACUGCUUUUCAAAGAGAAAUGAAAAAUACUAUUGAUCAUCUCAGUUUAGAUGAUAUUGAAAAAUUAUGUACUGAUCGAAUCAAUCAAACUGUUUGA